AUGAAUUUGGAUAAAUCGCAACUAGAUCAAGCGGCCUUUUUUGGUCGCCAGUUCGAGCAUCCCAUCUGCGGUUCGAGUCCGUUAAGGCGGCCGUAUACGGACGGGUGUGGUUUUAUGGGCACUGGGGCUGAUCUUAACCAUGCCAGAGUCCACGAAGACCAGUUCAGCGGGGCCGGACCCUCUGCGUUUGGACAAAAAAUACAAGGAUAUAAUGAUGACCUUAUUCAAAGAAAAUUCCAGACGUCACUCGGGUAUCCUCAUUCCUUUAGCAAUGUACAUUAUAACUCCGAGAUCAGGAGUAGGCCACCUCAGGUGUCGUCUGAUGUAAAUUUUGACGUCACUGGCGGGUCUCGCGACAGACCGGAAGUUCGUCACGACGAUGAGCCGAAAAGUGACUCGGAAUCAUCUGUAAAACUGCAAAAUGACAGACAUUCAGGUACUACGCAGCCAACCGGAAAGAGGAAACAGAGACGCUACCGGACUACUUUCACUAGCUACCAACUUGAUGAGCUGGAAAGAGCUUUCCAGAGAACUCAUUAUCCAGAUGUAUUUCUACGCGAAGAAAUGGCGAUAAAAGUAGAUCUCACUGAAGCACGAGUCCAAGUGUGGUUUCAGAACCGUCGGGCAAAAUGGAGAAAACAACAGAAAGUCAUCGAUAAGUCUGUUAGUAUGCAACAAGCAUUACAUAUCCAAACUAGGACACCUCCAUAUACUGGAAGUGAUCAUAUGCCACCGAUGUCGCAGUUUUCAAACAUUGCCCUGCCAUACUUUCAAAACAACGCCGGUGUUGAUUGGCCGCAUACAUUUUCAACGUCUAUAAGUCCGCCUGUGACGUCAUAUAUACAAAACGACGAUAAGUCGCUUAAUGGUGGAGGACUAAAGUGCUGAAAUGUGUGUGUAUAUAGUUGA